AUUAAGACGCGUUAAUUUUCGAGGAUAUCUAAAAUGAACUUAAGAAAAAUUGUGCUUUUAUUUUUGACAUUUUGCCUAUGCAGUGUGAAUUGCCAACAAGAUUUGUCACUUGAGUGUGAUGAAAUCGACAGUGAGGAUUACUAUGAUGUUGAAAAACCGUUUUGUACAAUUAGUAACUUUAAAGUAAAUCAUAAUCAAAAUGUGAAAAUUCGCAAUUAUUCAGGCUGGGUUGUUAGUUCUAUAAAAUUCAUGAAAUUCUACGAAUCAUCGCUGCUGUAUAUACCUUUCAAAUUAUUUGAGGAGUUCCCGCAUUUACAAACACUGGAUGCAUCUGCAACACAGAUUUUAGAAAUAACCCGCAACACAUUUAGUUCGGCUGGUAACUUAACCUUUCUCAACCUCGCUGGUAAUGAACUGACCAAAAUCAGCACUUCUGUAUUUGUGGGAGCCAAUAGUUUGCUGCGCUUGGAUUUGUGCCACAAUAAAUUAGAGGAGUUGAGCGAAUUUUCUUUCAAUGGCUUAAAGCACCUCAACUCAAUUAUGUUAUGUGCCAACCAGCUUAAAGAAAUUCCGAGUUCUCUUUUUAAAGAUAAUCUCUUCUUAAACGUCGUCCGUUUGGAAAACAAUUUACUGGAACAUAUUGCACCAGAAGUAUUUUACGAUUUGUUUCUUUUACAUGAAGUGAAUUUGAUAGGCAAUAAACUGCGAACUAUCGAUCCUAAUACAUUUUACCGGUCAUAUAGUUUAGAUGAUCUGUUUAUUUCAACAAAUCGUUUUACUGAAUUUUCUUUAUCCAAUAAAAGCAUAAUGCGUCAUCUGGAAAUUAAUGAAAACAAUCUGACUUCGAUUUUUAUCAAUGGUACUAAAUAUGUGCAUGCAGAGAACAAUCACAUCUCUACAAUACAUAUGAUUAACUCAUUAUUUUUGGAGAGUUUAUUUCUGGCUCACAACAACAUAAGUGAUAUUAAAAAUAUAACUAAAGCUUCCGGGUUACUAGAACUUAGUCUAUCCCACAACAAAAUUGGACAGUUAAACAUAACUACCUUUGACAAUUUGAAACGUUUACGUAAACUAAUUUUAAGAAAUAUUGGAUUGAAGUAUAUUGCUUUCGGCAUGUUUUCCAAGCAAGUACAUCUAGAAGUACUGGAUCUAUCUUUCAACAAUUUGACUACUUUAAAUUUAGACAUUUUUGUACCAUAUAUGAUAAACCUUGUUCAAUUCUAUGUGGACGGUAAUAAUUUAACCGAAAUACAAGGCAAACACAGCUUCGCUAUGGCUUUUCAAAAUCUAUCAACACUCGGCAUAUCACAA